CGGUGGCCAAAGGGCAAGUUUCAAUGUUGCAUCUGUUAUGUCUCAUUGAUUCGCCGGUGGGAGAGGGUUGGGAUCUAUCCAGUUCGGGUCCUUUGGGGAGAAGCGUACUAGUAGUCAACCAGUUGUAAUUCCAGGAUAGCGCUUCCUGAAGGAGAUUGACCGAUGCAACACAAUGUUAUACUUCCGCAUGAAGCACUUUAUCUUCCAACCUGUGUUAAAUGCAUGAAGGAAAUAUCCUCUGAUUUUAUAAAUUUGGAAAGACAACCGGAAAGAGUGGCCAUUAUUCAUUGGUCAACGAGGAUUCAAGAUGACAGAAACAAGACGGUGCCAAGAGUUAACAUUAAAAUGGAGUUAGUAGUACACUAUAAACCCAAUCAAGACUAUUCAGAACUAUCAAAAAUUGCAGAACGAUUGCUGGAAGACUUCCCUCAAAGAACAUUAUCAAGAUUCACACCAUGGUUUCCAAACAAUAUGCAAAGUUUACAAUUGAAACCUCAGAAAAGUCCACCAAUUAUUUCAAACGAAGAAGCAAAAAAUAUUGAGAAAUAUUUGGUUGAAAGAGAAUUCAUAGCAGAAGUUCCAAAUUACGAUUGUACCAAUAGUCUUUUGGAGUUUUCCACAAAUCUACUGAGGAAUAGUUCAGUAAAUAAGAUGGCUGCAGUGGAAUUUCUAUCAGAAACGGGUUCACGGUGUGGAAUUACAACUAAGGAUUACAAAUCAGAAAGGUCUUGGAGUAUUGCAACAAACAGCAAACAAUGGAGAAACAAGACCUCUACAGUCAGUCGGAGUCUUCAGAUAAUCAAAGAAAAAUUUCAGCUGCAUUCUUUUCAAAGGGCAAAAUGGAUCAUUGAUCAAUCCAAUUGCAGUUCUCAGAAGCUGGAGGAAAUCUGGGCAAAACUGAGCAGUAUAAUUAAAUAUGGAGACCUUCCUAGUUGCAAUGCUAAAAUGCAUGCACAUUUUGGUGAAAUAUGGAUUUUCUGUGACGUUCAAUGCUGUGAAUAUGUUGGUAAUCUGAUAAAACAAGCAUUAAAUCUUACGGGUAAACUCAGCUUAUUUGUGCGUGGACAUGGUAGUAUUUACAAAUUGUAGUUAAAUGUUAUUUAAAAGCAAACUGCUUUUUGAUAUGUAUGAAUUGCAUCAUAUUGUCUAUGGACUUUAAAUCCAAAUUUACAUGCAAUGUAGUUUUUUAAAGCAAUGUUGUAAAUAUAAAUUUGCAUGUAAUGCUAAUAAAUCAGGAUUUCUUUAA